AUGUUGAUAACUACAUUGCUCCUGGCAGCCACCUUAGCUACAGCCGAAGACCUACCUCCAUCCUGUAAUAAACGUGUUUUCUGCAACAGCAAGCUUCUUCAUCAUGUCCAAAUGAGUCGAAUUUUUCCCGAUUCCAAAACCUUCGUUGACCGCCAUCUACUUAAUGAUGAAGAGACCACUCUUUCCGCCUUCCAAGAACUUCUCGAUCAGACUAAUGAAAAUCCCACUGAGAAGCAAAUAAGGGAAUUCGUCGAAAAGUACUUUGAUGAAAGUAGCGAACUGGAAUUAUGGACCCCUCCAGACUUUAACUCGAACCCACAAUUUUUGUCCUCCAUCCGUGAUGGAGAAUUGCGUCAAUUCGCAAAAGAUAUUCACGACAUUUGGCCAACCCUUGGAAGGAAAGUUAAGCAAAGCGUCAUAGAAAACCCAGAUCAAUACAGUUUUAUACCCGUCACCCACGGAUUUGUUAUUCCCGGUGGACGGUUUACGGAGCUCUACUACUGGGACACUUACUGGAUCAUUGAAGGACUCCUCGUUAGCGGAAUGAAGGAAACUGUUAAAGGAGUCCUCGAGAAUCUAAUUGAAUUAGUAAACAAACUCGGUCAUAUACCUAACGGUAGUAGAUGCUACUAUGAGCAAAGAAGUCAGCCCCCGCUUUUGACAUCAAUGGUCUCCCUGUAUGUUCAAGCUACUAACGAUAUUGAGUUUCUGAGAAAGAAUAUCAAUUCUUUAGAAGCCGAACUUAACUACUGGCUUGACACCCAAGUCUACACAUUUGAUAUUGGUGAUAAAGCGUACACGUUACUUCGAUACUAUGCUGCAAGCGAAGGACCGCGACCAGAGUCAUACCAAGAGGACUACACAAGCGCGCAAAUUUUCGACAACGACAAACGAAAAACUCAGUUCUAUAUUGAUAUAAAGAGCGCAGCAGAGAGUGGAUGGGACUUCUCGACCCGUUGGUUCAUCAAAAAUGGAACUGACAAAGGCAACUUGACAGAUAUCCACGCAACAGAUCUUAUUCCUGUGGAUCUAAAUUCUAUAUUUGCAAAAGCGCUUCAAAAUAUGGCAUAUUUCCAAGCCUUGAUACACAACUACAGUAAAUCGUGGUAUUGGUCGGGUCUCGCCAGACAAUGGACUAACAAUAUUGAAAAAGUAUUAUGGGACGAAGAGGACGGCUGCUGGCAUGAUUGGGACUUGGUUAAUAAGAAAUUCCGGAAGUAUUUCUACCCUAUCAACAUCGCUCCUUUGUGGAUGGGUAUUACUAACAAGAAGUUUGUUGUAAAGAAUGCACCACGUAUCUUAAAGUACUUGAAAGAAUCACACGGCCUGGAUUAUCCUGGCGGUAUUCCCACAUCAUUGGUGAAGAGUGGGGAACAAUGGGACUUCCCCAACGCUUGGCCACCACUUAUAAGUCUGGCCGUGAAUGCUAUUGAAGCAUUGGAGUUGCCAGAGGCGAAAGACUUGGCGUUUCGCGUGGCUCAAUCUUGGGUACGGUCAUGCUACAAAGGAUUUUCAGACAACAAGCAGAUGUUUGAGAAGUAUGACGUGGAAGUUCCGGGAAGAAUUGGCGGAGGCGGGGAAUAUACAGUACAAACUGGCUUCGGUUGGUCCAACGGUGUAAUUUUGGAAUUUUUGGCGAAAUAUGGACAAAGAAUGUCUUUGUAUGACAUGAGAAAAGAGUCGAGUGAUCUAUUAGCGCCUCGUGCCGUUGGCGUAUUAGAUGCUUCGAGUGAGGACUCUUCUAAGUCAGAUAGUUCAGAUAUUGAGAAAGUAAUUAUGGUGGCAUUUAAACAAUUGUAA